CUGUAUGCGACGGUGUCGACGACCAGAGUGCCGUUUCUGUCGCCAUUAAGAGAUAUAAGGGAUCCAACCGUGUACAGUAGGGCGCAGACAACAUGUCUGCUGCUGUAGAACUCAAGCCGCUUGUCAAGGCCCUGAACAGCGCUUCUACCGAUGAGGAGACUGUCACCAUCUUAAACACCCUCAAGCAGCAGGCGAAGAUCACCGAAGCUGUCCUCAGGGAAAGCAAAGCCGGUUUGGCAGUCGGAAAGCUGCGUCAGCAUUCCUCCAAGCAGGUUUCCGAGCUCGCGAAGGAGAUUGUCAAGAAAUGGAAAACGGAGGUUGAGCGGGAAAAGCAAGCGUCGGGAGGCAAGAGCGGAGCCAAACCUCCAGCUGCGAAGAAAGCUGCGAGUUCGUCAGCAGCAGCCACCCCUUCCACUCCUGUUACACCCACGGCGUCCAAUGCUGGUGGGAAGUUCAGCGACACCCGUUCCGCAAAGAGUGAUGGCGUGAAGGUGGAGUUCACCGGCGACAAGACACGAGACAAAUGUGCAGAACUCAUCUACGACGCUCUUGUCUUUGAUUCCGGAGCACCGAGCGAGCUUAUCUUGAGCCGCGCUAAGGACAUUGAAAAGACUGUCCUCGCGGACAACGGGGGCGCGAACGCCAACUACAAGGCCAAGAUUCGCUCGCUCUUCGUGAACCUAAAAGACAAGAACAACCCCGGGUUGCGAGAGUGUGUCAUCUCUGGAGAGCUUCCUGUCUCCAAGCUGUGCAAGAUGUCUAGUGCGGAUAUGGCCUCAGAGGAGCGGAAAGCCGCGGACGCCAAGAUCAAAGAGGAAAACCUGUUCAAGACGUUGGGCGCAGGAGAGCAGGAGGCCGAAACUGACGCUUUCCAAUGCCCUCGCUGCAAACAGCGGAAGUGCCGUUACCGUCAACAACAGACCCGGAGUGCUGAUGAGCCGAUGACGACCUUUGUAACCUGUACCGUAUGUAAAAAUAGAUGGAAGUUCUCCUAAUGCGCCCGCAUAUAUUCACGAAGAACAUAUGAUGUCCAUAACGGCACCGCUGGCCCACCUCGCCCCCGCGGUUACUACCUACCUUAGUAUCACUUUCCCUUCAAGUUACUAGUUCUCUGUUGCGUAUUCUAGACCAUGGCCUUUCGGCUUGCUAUAUCGCACCUACUUGCCGUCUCCUGUCCAUCAUACUCAUGAUCUCGUCUGCAUCCAUUCUUUACUCCGUCAGCUGUCAGUUCGUGUAAUUAUUCCGUGCCUAUGUACCCUCGAACCAA